UUGUUGGUAUCUAGCAUAUCAAGACAUACAAAAGUUAUAAGAGUGAUUUAAUUAUGGACAACUCGGAGGAAUUUUCUGCAAUCGACAUCGUUACAUUCGUAACUGAACAACUGCAGCAAAAUUACCUUAGUAACCGAGCCAAUAAAGCAAAAAUCUUUGACGAAUUUCUGGGACGAUGGGAUACAAACGACAGUUCUCUUGCGAAGGUGAAGUCUUUAAAUUUUGAAUUCGAGACUGAUUUGGAUUGGUUCAACGUCAGUAGACCAUUGACACUUGCUGGCUUACGCGGAAAAUUAGUCGUGUUGGAUUUCUUCACCUACUGUUGCAUUAAUUGUAUGCAUGUGUUGCCAGAGCUUCGAGCUUUGGAAGAGAGAUUUCCAGUGGAAAGUGGACUUGUUGUUGUGGGCGUUCAUAGUCCGAAAUUUGAAAAUGAACGAACAGCAGCCAACAUACUGUCGGCAGCGCAGCGCUAUGGCAUUAAACAUCCCAUUGUUAAUGACUCGCAAUCUGCUCUAUGGCGAGCUCUAAGCAUUCGCUGUUGGCCUUCGCUUUUGGUGUUAAGUCCAAGCGGGAUGCCCAUGUUGUUAUUAAUGGGUGAAGGCCAUGGUGAGUUUCUUCGCGACUUUGCUGGAGAGGCGUUAUCAUUUUUUGAUCGCCAACAAAAACUUAACUUCUCCAGCUUACCACUACAGCUGUCAACAGACCUUUUGCCGGCAUCCAAUUUACGUUUCCCUGCAAAAAUUGCUAUGCUAGAAGAUCAGUAUGCUAUAGCUGAUGCUGGAAACAAUCGGAUUAUUGUGGUGACCAAUUGUGGGGUCGUAAAGUAUAAAAUCGGCGGACUGGAGGCAGGGUUUGUGGACGGCUCUUUAAAUAUGGCGCGAUUCAAUAAUCCCCAGGGUGUUGCCUUUCUUGAUAAAAAUACGCUCAUAGUGGCCGAUACCGAUAAUCAUGCACUUCGGCAAAUUUCCCUGAACAACGGAGUUGUUGAAACGCUAGCCGGAACGGGUAGUCAAGGCAAUGAACGAAUCGGUGGGAAACUGGGGCCAUUGCAGCCACUAUCAUCGCCGUGGGAUGUGUCGGUGUUUCGCACCCGGGACAUGGAUAUGUCUUUCCACCUAGAUGAGCUUAAUGUGCCUGAGAAAACAAUAGUGCUGAUAGCCAUGGCUGGCACUCAUCAGAUUUGGGGCUAUUUCCCCGAAGGCAUUAUUUGGUGGAAAUUUCGAAAGUUUGAGCCACGUUGUUGCGUUGCGCUUAUUGGCAAUGGGCUUGAGGAAAACCGAAACAACUCCUAUCCACAGAACGCAGCGUUUGCACAGCCAUCAGGCUUGGCCAUGUCCAGUGAUUAUCUUUACAUAGCCGACAGUGAGAGCUCUAGUAUACGCAAAGCUUCAAUGGUCGAUGGUAAAGUAAUGCCAGUUGUUGGUGGAGAUCGCAAUCCUUUGAACCUAUUUGCUUUUGGAGACGAAGACGGCAAACUGUACAAUGCAAAACUUCAGCAUCCAUUGGGCGUAUCAUAUAACAACGUCGAUAAGAAGCUAUAUGUGGCUGAUACGUAUAAUCAUAAAAUCAAACAAGUUGAUACUGAAACUAAUAUAAUUUCAACCUUAACUAUAAAAAACAAAGAUGGUAGCACGCUUGCUCUUAGAGAGCCGUCUGGCCUUUGUGUUGACGCUGAUAGAAACAGAUUACUAGUUGCUGAUACAAAUAACCACGGCAUUCAUAUAAUUGAUUUAGCGUCACUUACAGCUGAACCUUUUUUACUGGACUUUAAUCAAAUUACGAAUACUACUGAAACAGACGCUCCGCGCUCUCUAUCAAAAAUCAGUGGGUUAGAGUUGGUAAAAAAGAUUCCUGUGCUUCAUUAUAGAAACUGCAACAUCAAUUUCAGCAUGAGACUCUCAUCCGAUCUUAAAUUUACUCCGGAUGCACCACAGAAGUGGAUGGUAAAAUUCCUGAAUCCAGAAUUGGAAAUAAAUCAAUUAAACGGUAUAUUAGCUGAGGGUAAAUGUAGCCUUCAACUUAAUAAUAAAUCGUCCAGAAGUGUCAGGACUGAAGCAACUAAUCAAAACGAUUUAACAAUAGAGUUUGCAUUAAGCCUUUGUGAUUCAAAAAGCUGCCUUAUAAAGAAAUUUACAGUUUCCAUUGUCAGUGAACGUUCUGCUGAGGGCUCACCCUUGCAUCCCACAAUCAUUAAAGACAACACUCUUGACGUAGAUAUUGGAAUACAUAUAAAUCAAUCUAAUAUUAAUUUCUGUUGAUACAGAGAUGGCUCGUCGAAUCAAUGACAGAUAACAGAUAUAUGUUUUCAUGUAUCAGCGCAAUCC